UAAAACGGAAUACUGGAAUAUCUCUGUUGAUCCGAUUCCUUGGUGAAGCGAAAAGAAUGGAUAUGGGUUUGAUCACGUUUGCUCCCAAUUAGAUUAACAUUGAACAGCUCCCUGUAAUCAUAGUGAGAAGCUUUGCCAAGGUGGAAUAACUCACUGGUUUCCCUGGAGAGUUUUAUACUGAGCAUUUGUUCUCACGCCUGAAAAUGUAUUAACAUAAACAAAGAACGCUGAAAACACCCAGCAGGUCAAGGCAGCAUGCUGGAGAGAUACAGAGUUAAUGAUUCUUAGUAGGUGGCUUUUUACCAGAAAUGAUUCGCCCUCAGUUCAUUGGCGCUGGCCAUCCCCCCAUCUCUCAGGUGUGUUUGGAGGAGCGACUUCAUUCAUUUGAUUAUGAAGUGCCAUUCAGACUUUUAGCCGAUGUUGUUUGCCUAGCUGCAGGCUUUCUGACCCGAGAAAACUGCAAUCCGUAUCGCUGUCCCGGUUUUAACACUUCAGUCGCGGGGGAGACCAGCCCCAGCAGGUAAACGUAGGUACAUAAACUGAAGUCUGAACAUCUUCAGGGGGAUGGACCCGGAGCUGAUGUUUGCUUCAGAAGCUCUUGCAAGGCAGUGAAGAUUUGGAAGAAUCUACGUUGAAAAUUUGAACAUUGUUUCGCAAUGGUUACAAAAAUGAGCCAAUUUUCCAUAAAGUCAUCUAAUGACAAGCAGAAGCAGCAGCAGAAUUUCAUUAAGAGAUAUUUAGUAUCAAAGAAUAAAGCAAAAAAUAAUUUAUGGUGUAAGUUAUGGAUAUAUAGUUUGAUUUUGCUCAAAUUGGUAUCGUUGACAUUAAUGCUGUACUACAGAGGUGGUGCCCAAAGUCUACCUAUAAAAUAUAGGUUAGCCAAUAACAUCAAAUGUCCAUCCAUUGACUUCAAUAAUGGUACAGAUGGUGACUACCAUGCUUACGAUAAUACAACUAUUUUCUUUGUGGAGGUCUCUGACCGAACUAAUCCCACUUUUUUGUCCUUGUGUUCUGUGGAAUCUGCAGCAAGAUCUCAUCCCAGGGCCAAGAUUGUCUUUUACAUGAAGGGUCUUUCAGCUGCAAAAGCUAAAACCUUUGGGAUUUCCUUGCUAAACUGUUUUCCUAAUGUUGAGAUCAGGCCAUUAGACCUGAAAGAUCUUUUCGCAGACACUCCAUUGUCUUUGUGGUAUUCCAGACUGCACCAGUGGUGGCAACCUUAUCUAAUACCAACCAUCGCUGAUGCCUGCAGACUUGUCCUUUUGUGGAAAUACGGUGGGAUUUACUUAGACACGGACAUUAUUGUUCUCAAAAAUCUGUUCAAUCUCACCAACAGCCUUGGCAAAGAAGAACGGUAUUUACUGAAUACAGCCUUUUUGUCUUUUGAUCGGGGCCAUGACUUUAUUGGAAACUGUUUGAAGGAUUUUGUUGAGCACUUCAAUGCAUGGAUCUGGGGCCACCAAGGACCCCAGUUAGUAACCCGUGUUCUUAAAAAGUGGUGUCAAAAGAAGAGCAUAGCCAAGAUUCAACAGUGCAAAGGAGUGAGGGUGUUACCUCCUGAGGCUUUCUAUCCAAUUCGUUGGCAGGACUGGAAAAAAUACUUUGAGGUAAUGAGCAGGUCUGAGGCUCAGAGGUUACUGAAAAAUUCUUAUGCGGUACAUAUAUGGAAUAAAAUGAGUCAUGGAACUUCGUUUUCGAGGGGAUCGAAAGUGAUGAUUGACCAACUGUGCUCAGUUUACUGUCCUAUCUCGUAUCAAAUAAUGAGGUGGCAGCAAAACUAGGAACACUGAAAAUAUAGCAAUGAUUACAACAUGACUUUAAAGAUGGAUUUAAAAAUUGAAAUCAAACCAUAUCAGGUGUAAGAUUUGACUUUAAGGGUAUGCAUUUUGAAGUUGUGCCCCAUUUUUAAAUGACCAUGCGUGUUUCAGGAUAAUGAGCUGUUAAAAGUGGAUGUAUAAUUGUAAUACCAAUAAAUGCUGUCAUUUUGAGGACCAAAUAUCAA